UAAAAGCGUUAGGGUUUAGCCAUCUCUCUUAUUUAUAUCUCCAAAUCACUAUUCACGGAUAUUUCAAAUGUAACAUGGCUGAGCAACAAAUUCCGCCGGCUGAGAAUCAGAGUAGUAGCACUACACCCGUUUCUCUGACUCUGUUGGAUCCAGAUGUUCUCGAGUGCCCUAUUUGCCGCGAGCCCCUGAAGAUUCCUAUAUUUCAGUGUGAAAAUGGCCAUCUAGCUUGUUCUCAGUGCUGCGAAAAAGUGAAGAAGAUUUGCCCGUCCUGUAAAUCACCGAAUGGGUACAGUCGUUGCAGAGCCAUGGAGAGAGUCAUUGAAGCAUGUAGAGUGUCAUGCCCAAAUGCUAAAUACGGGUGUAAAGAAAAUACCUCGUUUGGAAAUCGCGCUAGCCAUGAGAAGCAGUGUCUUUUCGCCCCUUGUUUCUGCCCCGUGCCCUUGAAUGAUUGCAACUAUGUUGGCUCAGACAAGAAUCUCCGCAACCACAUUCGUGCUAAACACAAGGACCACGUAAUUCCGAUUGUGUUUGAUACUCCUUUAACACUUGUCAUGGGCUCGAGCGAGAAGAUUGCAUGUUUUCAGGAAAAGAAAGAUGGGGAACUAUUUGUGGUUCAAGCUUUUCGCAAAUCGUAUGGUUUGGUUGUCAGCGUGAACUGCAUUGCACCAUCGGCACAUGGGCUCGGAAGAUUCUCCUGUUGUAUGGAUGUGAUAAUUGAUCCUAGUAUCAAACUAAAGCAGGCAUCCACGGUUAGGGAAAUCCAGAAGAAGAUUCAUGAAGAGCCCAAGGAUAGUUUUAUGUUGAUUCCCUCGCAUAUGUUAAUGCUUACUGACUGGAGCUUUGGUAUUGAUAUUUGUUUCAGCCGUGGCAUGGAUAGUUUUAUUCGUGCUUGAGUGCUAAUGUACUGUGCAGUGUUUUUCCUGUGUGUCUACUAAUGUGGUUGUUUUGUAAUCCUAUAACGUUGAGCGCUACUAAGGAAUUAGAUUUUUAAAAAAUAAUCUUCCAUGUUUUAAGCUUACAACACAAGGCUGAUUUACAUGCCCUGGUAACAAAUUGCUAAACUCUAAAGUUCUAAAGUUAUUGGACACCAAAUGUACUGCUGGAUUAUCUAUAUAUCAUUCUAGAAGAAAAGUCUACAAAUAAAUAUAUUCUAGAAACAUUGAGAAGAAGGAGAACUAUGGAGAAGGACGAUUAAAGAGUUUCAGAAAUAGUUAGUGUUUAAGUCAUUAUUUGUAUAAAUAAAAAUUUAGUGGCACUUGUAAAAUCAAUGCAAAUGCAAGUGAGUAAUAAACAUAACUUAGAGAAUGUAAAAAAAGCAAAGCCUUGUAAUAAAAUUCUCUUCCAAAAUAAAAGUUAUUUUUAUUUUCUUUUU